AUGCGACGCACCGCCCUCCUCUCCGCCGCAACAGCGGUCCUCACCAGCACAACAACCGCACAGUCCACAGCAUCAACAUCUUCAAAACGCGGUCUCGUCUACGUCCCCUCCGAAGACCACCCCUCUGACGACCAGAUAUGGACAACCGGUCCGUCACCACCAACAUGGUACUACAACUACCAAAAAGACCCCUCAGCAGCCUAUGCCAACAACCCAGAUAUGCAGUUCGUCCCCAUGCUCUGGGGCGCUAGUGACAGCGACACUGGAACCCCCUUCCUCGACUCAGUCAAGAAGCAAAUCGCCGACGGAGCGAACAUAACCUACGUCCUCGGCUUCAACGAACCGGACGGCGGCCACAGCACCGGCGGUUCCAACCUCGCCGUCACUACAGCUGCCGCUCGCUGGAAAGCCGAAAUCGAGCCAUUGAAGGAGCUCGGCGUUAAACUAGGUGCGCCUGGUGUUACCGGCGCAGAGUCUGGUUGGCAGUGGUUGGAAAACUUCUACAACGAGUGCGAUGGAGGUUGUAACCCCGAUUUCAUCCCCGUACACUGGUAUGGCAACUUUGAGGGCAUGAUGAGCCAUAUUGGACGUGUUACAACCAUGUGGCCUAAUAUGACGGUAUGGGUUACCGAAUAUGGAUACCCGAAUCAGCCGCUCGAGGAGACGCAGACUUUCUACAACCAGAGUGCUCAGAGUUUUGACAGCUGGCCGAACAUCACACACUACUCCUACUUCGGCGCCUUCCGCUCCGAUGUUAGCAAUGUGGGUGCCAACGCCGCUAUGCUUACCCAGGACGGCAAAUUGACGGAUAUUGGAUCUUGGUAUAUGGGCGGUGCUGCUACGAACAACGUUCCUGAGGCUUCUGGUGCUUCUUCAGUAGGAGCUGCGCCAGGUGCUUUUGCCUUGAGCUUAAUGGCUGCGGUGUGGGUUUACUUUGCCUGA